CUUCUGUUGACGUCCUGCUUUGCGUCGCGCGCCAUCCUACUCCCCUCCUGCUUUCUUAUCCUUGACUUCUCUUCUGUGCCUUCUCCUCCCUCCCUGAGCCCGCCAAAAUGCGUGUUCUUCUCGUCGCUGUGGCCCUCCUCGCGGCAUUCCUCCCUGCCCUGGCAACACCUGCCCUGCAAGGGCAGAGCGGCCGGUUUUUGGCCGGCGACGACGUGAAGGUUGGAAACGUCAUCUUCCUCCACGUAAGUAGACAGACACACACGCAGAGAGGCACGCGGCGCAUGAGAGCUCUCGUAUCUGUCUGUCUGUCUGUCUGUCUGUGUCUGUGUGUGUGUCUGUGUGUCUGUGUGUCUGUGUGUCUGUUUCAUUCAGGCUUGCGGCACUGGCAUGGUAAGCAAGCCCGUCCUUUCGCUUGCUUUGGUCGGUCUCGUGUGUGUGAUCUCGUCUGUCUGUCUGUCUGUCUGUGUCUGUGUGUACGCGUGUGCACGGCAGAACACCUUGAAUCUCGGGCGCACGUACUGGGCGGGCCCCGACGACCGCGAGAAGUGGAACUGGGACCAGAUACCCGAGAUGGCAGUGUACAGAGCCCAUAUGAAGGACCAGCUCGUCGGCACCCACAACGGCGGCGCCACCAUUCAUGCCUUCGGUGAAACCGCACCACACAACACGAAGAGACACACCCAUAUGACGUGCGUCCUGUCAUGAUGUCAUUACUCAGGUUACAAAGUGGACGCCGACUCCUUCGGCCAAGACGGCGACCGCUCCAUCAAGGCUCUGAGCGGCUUCCCUGGAUCAAUCUUGCGCGAGGCGCAGCACCAUGGCAUGCCCACGGCCCUGACGAACGACGGCAGUCUGGCUGUGCCCGGGACUGGAAGCUUCACGUCAGAGGUCGACCCGGAGGCUCGGACCUCGGCAGAAAUCGUUCGACAGAUCGUCGACGGUCGCCCGGGCUUCGAGAAUAAAGAUUUUCCCCCUGAGGUGCUGCUGGCGGGCGGAGAGUCCCUCUUCCUUCCCGAGGGGACGCCCGAGUGCGGUGAGAAGAUUACCCAUGACUGUUUCGUCCAUAAGGACCCGGUGAGGGACACGGUGACAGAGGGACACGGUGACACAGAGCGCGUCUCUGUGACCACACAUCCUUAUCUUUCAGGUAUCCGGCGCGGGGCCCCAACGUACCGACGGGCGCAACCUCAUCCGCGAUCUCGCCAACAGAGGGUAUACCGUCAUCCGCACUCGCCAGGAGUUCGACGAGCUCCUGCACCGCAUUGAGUCGGACCCUCACUUCUUUCCCAAGGUAUGGAGGGGUGAGGGGGACAGACUAUUUUUGACGUUAUGGUGAGCUGGCUUCGCGCUCGUCGUCACGACACAUGCCAUGCUUGUUUCUGCCUGCGUGAUCGACUCGUUCAGGUGCUGGGGCUCUUUGCGCGCGGCGACACUUUCAACGGCGAGACCGAGGAGCAGUUGAUCGAGGAUGGACUGGUGAUCGAGGAGAGAGCCGGCACCAAGGAGGGCCGCCUCCUCCUCUUCGGCGGUCGACCGGGCACGAGGUCCUUCAACCCGCCGUCCGCUGCAGAGCUGGGCAAGAUGGCUCUUUUGCUCAUCAAGCGCUUCAGCAAUGCCGCCGGCAAGCCUUUCUUCGCCGCGCUUGAGUUGGAGAGCACAGAUGACUUCCCUAACAUCGCUAACGUAAGGCUUACGACAGUGACAAUGGCAAUCGACACUCGUAUAUAGUGCGCACGCCAUUGUGUGGCUGUCUGGUGCUGCUGAUGUCAUGAUGCAGGGCAUCGGAACGCUCAAUGCCGUCAAGCGGGCGGAUGACCUCAUCGGCGUGGUGCGCGACUUCUUUGAGAACGUGGACCCACAUUCGUUCGGCAUCCUCCCCCCUGUCAAGUAAGCCAGAGAGGAGGGGGAUGGGGCUGGGGGUGGGGAAGGAGCCGCGAAAGCGGCCAACGUCUGGUGUGCUGUGUGUGUGCCAUGCGCGCAGUGACGCUGGUGGCCCCCAGUUGUUCAUCCCAAUCGUUGACGACGAGGGCAAGGUCACGAUUACUGGCGGCAACCCGAGCCUCGAAAACGAGGUACAGACUCUCUGUGUGUGUGUCGUGAGGGUGGCGGCACAUGACCAUCGCUGAUUUUUUCUAUUUCACAGCCUGUCGGGAUCUUCCCACUUGACGGCUUUGAGGGCCGCAACACCCUUCCCUUCGAGUCGGCGCCAAACGCCUUCGGCUUCAUCCAGAAAUUUGCCAUUGGUAAGUGGAGUGAGACAUGCACAUACGCAUUCCUUGAAUGCAAGGCAGCUCUGACUGUUUCUCUGGGGUGUAUUUGUUUUACUGUGCAGGCUACGUUGGCACUGAGGACGUCCAUGGUGCGAUUUUGGCUCGUGCAGGGGGCAUCAAUGCACACCUGCUGCGCGACAAGUUCUCCGUGUUUUUCGACAACACGGAUGUCUACCGCCUCAUGUACUUGUCGCUCUUCGGCAAAUUCCUCCCUGAGUCCUACGGCCAGAAUGCCCCCGACCGGGACGGCCAUUAGACGGAUGGAAAAGUGGCUAACUUUGUAACUUUUUUUUCUCGUAGUCGUACGGGAUGACUGUUGCUGCCUCGUAUGGAGCGCUGUGUGGGGAGCGUUGCAUACGGGGUUUUGCACAGCGAGUGAAGGGGAUGGUUUCGUACGAACGCAUGUGAGUGAGAAGGGGUGUACGUGCCACUGGCUCGACAGCAAAUGAGGGGCGUCACUGUCGCUGUUCUCGACAGCAAGCGCUGUUUUCGACGGCAAGUGAGGGGCGUCACUGUUGCUGUCUCGUGGUGCAUGGAGCGGUGUGUGGGGGGGCGUUGCACACGGGGCUUGACAGCGAGUGAAGGAGAUGUUUUCGUACGAGUGCAUGCGAGUGAGAAGGGGUGUACGUGGCUUGACGGCGAGUGAGGGGCGUCACUGUCGCUGUCCUCGACAGCAAUGCUGUCCUCGAUGGCAAGUGAGGGGCGUCACUGUUGCUGUCUCGGUGCAUGGAGAGUUGUGUGAGGGAGCGUCGCACACGGGGCUUGACAGUGAGUGAAGGAGAAUAUGUUUCGUACGAGUGCAUGUGAGAUGUCCAGGACAAGCGGAGGUCGUCGCAAAUUACCGUUUUUCAUACCGUUUCCAGUGGAAAGAAACGCCAUAUUUGCUGUUUUUCUGUGCGAGUGGGGUACGUGGGGAUGUUGCGUGCUUUCUGCCGUGGCUUGCGGCUGCCCCCCCCCCUCCCCGUCCCCCUCCCCGUCCCCCUCCCCUCUGCUCUCUGCUCUCUGAUUUCUGUGCGCGCGCGACCCACUUGUCUGUCUGUCUGUCUGUGUCUAUCUGUGGCGACUAACUCUGGGCAGCGGCUGUGAGUGUAUGGCGGCCAGCGUCGUCGGUUCGACGACACUUUCAUACUCUUAGCGGGCACCACUGUUGCUCCAUUUUCCGUGCUGCCGUCGAAUUUUCCGUGAGUGGGGUGGGGAGUGUGAGCAUGUCUCACGUAGCGCGCUGUCUUUUAAGCCGGACAAAUGCUCACUUGCGCAUGUCGAGUGUGGCAUGUCCUCGUGUUUAUGAGGCCGGCUGUAAUUAAAAGAAUGCGUGAAGUGAGACACCCACCCCGCCCACCCCACCGUGAGAAUGGAUAAGCAGGCAGGCAGGCUAUGUGUGUUGUUUUGCUUUUGGAGUACCUUGCAUUGCCUGACUAGAGUGUGAGUGUGUGUGGUUUCUGGGACUCGCUAGCGAACCUGUAAUCAAUACCAUAGCCACCGUUGUCUCUCUGCCAUCGA